CCGGGAGGAGCACUACAGCAGCUGGGAGUUCCCCAAGUGGAUCCCCUCCUCCAGCGACUGGCACCUCGUUCCUCAGAGUGACGUGGAGAAGUACCUUCCUCAGGAGCUCCAGUCUGCGGCCUUCAGAGUGUCCAGAGACGGCCUCAGUGAGGAGGGGGAGACGCCUCUGCAGAGACUCAGCAGGUUCUCUGCGGUGCCGGCUCACUCGGAGCGCUGGGACAUGCUCCUGUUUGCGGGGGGGCCGGUGUGGGCCAUGGAGUGGUGUCCGACCCCUGAUGGAGCUCCGGCCUCGCAGUACCUCGCUGUUUCCUGCCACCGAGGGAUGGACGACCAGCACGUUUUCAACAAGACGUACGGAGGCCCCGCCCUGCUCCAGCUGUGGGACCUCGGCCUGCUGAAGUACAACUGCAG